CACGCUUAGGAAUUUACUAUUUCCAUUAGCCAAUCAAGGCACAGCGAUGAUAUCAUAUUGAUUGUAGAAUGACACCUGUCAUGAAGUUAUUAUAAAUAGAGCUCAUGUAAUUAGUUUUAGUCAGAGUGAAGAGAAAGUAGAAUAAAGAUCCCGAGUAGCUCUACCGAGAGCGGUCCAUCCCAUAACAGUACAACGAACUAUUAGUAGCUGUUGUUACUGCUAAACUAUACUUAAUUGGAGAAACAGGAAUUUAAAAUGGUGUCAAUAGACAAACACAGCAAAUGCUCGUAGCCACCAGGCAGCGCCGAGUCAUCACUGGAAAAACUUGUUAUUGGUUGACUGAUGCAUUAAGAUACAAAGAACCAAGAUCAUAUGUCAUAAUGAAAGGAUCAACAACACAGCCUUAUCGAAUUUGCACUAAUAUUUUUCGAGCAUUUUAUUUUUCCCACUUCGCAACAACAUGAAGAUGUUAUAUUUAAAGUUUACAGUGGCUUUUGUUUGUAGUGCUCGCCUUCGUCGUGUAGUAUUUCCCGCCCAUUUCUAUCGAAAAUAACUUUCUUUCUUAAAUUUUAGGAGUCGUAGUUGUAUCCAUAUUCAUGUGUGGAGUGAGCACUUGUUAAAUAUGUAUGUCUCUAAUCGAGCCACAUGUAAACUAUCCUAAAUAUGUCUAUGUCAAUAUUAUAUCAGCUACCUGCGUUUGCGCCGUUGUAAAAUAUAUUAUACAAACUUUACAAUUAGCUCUUAAUAGAAUUGAGCAUUUAUUUCCUUGACAUUUAUUCCUUGCUAAACCAUACUCCAAAUCGGAGCUCUGUAGGAGGGUUUUGAGUUUUACAUGAUGUACCGUUCGUUUCGUGCAGUGUUGUGUAUUCUCUUCUUGUGCUCGGUCGGUAAAUCGUCUUUCAAAAACGCGCUGUUCAAAUCCCAUCUAUUUCAUACUGUUCCGUCUUCAGAAUUUAUUAACGUUUUGAAUGUCAGAAGCGUUAUCGAGUGUGGGUUGUCUUGCAUGAGAUCACAGAGGUGUGUUUCGUUUAACUUCGCAUUGGAAGCCAACAUUGAGGGCAAUUAUGUAUGUCAGUUGCUACCAACCGAUCUAAUACAUCAUGGUCUGGCUGCAACUCCUUUCUUUCACCAUUUUGAACUUGUCGUUACGGAUCCUUGCCACAGCUCACCAUGUCUAAAUGGCGGCAAGUGUAGUGCGAAUUCCGGAGGUAGCGAAUACAGUUGUUUUUGUCCUCCGUGGUACGCUGGAAAAACCUGCGAAAAAGCCAACUGGGUGAAAAUUAACACUACUCCGCUAUGCUUUGGAAGUCGUGACGACGCCUUCAGCCCGUUCGUUAUCCAGAAGACCGGCCUUCUAUCGACGAUGAAACUAGUCCACGUCAGAGGAAACAUAACAUGUGACGUCACCAAUGCUAACGGCUGGAAUAACUGGGGUUGCCUUGGAAGACACGGUAACCAUAUGUACAUGAGUGUUAUCAUAACCACCCGUAGUGACAGUAUAGUGCUGCCAGAAAGGAAAUAUUUCAUGCAUAAUGAUAAGGUCUAUAAUUUCCCUGGCUGUAACGCAUCUUCCCCUGAGCUGAUUUUCCCCAAAUUAGCGAGCCCACUGUAUGUUAUGACAGGUCAGCAGUAUCGAAUCUGGUUUGCGCAGGACUUGAGAGACUUCAGCGAGACAAACAAUGGGGGUACUAAUUGUGUUGAUGUUUUUGGAUUGUACGAGUAGAGUAAGACCCAACCAACCUGGUCGGUGGGGAUGGGGGUGGGUCGGAGGAAGAGUAAGACCCAAUAGAGACUUUGCACUCUUACGUGAUUUCAGCCAUGACAGGAGACACAACAACAGAGUCGUUCUCCCGUGUGAAACUGAAUUCUUUCUCAUGUAAAUUAGAUUAGGCCAGAUUCUAUUGUUCCUACGUCCUGUCAUGGCUGCCAUCACGUGAUCGGGUGCAAAGUCUCUAUACGUAUAUUGUAUAUUUUGAAAUAUUAGACUCUUCUAACACUAAGAAGUCCUACAUAUCAACUAAGAGAAACAGGCUACACUUAACCAACAAGUCUGUUAUACUAAUUUAUCUCUUUCUUGUUAAUUAACUACAUUCCUGGACUUAACAUUGUUCUAUUUAUUGUUUAUUAUUUACUCAUUUUGUAGCUACAUUCCUUAACUUAGUAUUGUUUCUUUGUUCGAAACAUGUCUAAAUUUAAAAAAAAAUGUGAUUUCAGUUUUUUUCCCAUUUAUUUCUAGUGAAAUAUUACUUUAUAGUGGUUUGUGCCUCGCAAUAAGCCUGAAGCGAGAUGACGUUUUACCCCCGUCUCUAGACCAUAAUCCUUUUCACAUGGCUUUUGUUCUUUAAUUAUGACUAUUGUUCCAGU